GUGGGGUUGAAUGGCUGCGAUGCGGCUCUCACAACAGCCCAGCCAGACUAAGCCAAAUUAAGCCACGACCUCCUCCCACUCCAACAUUUUGGAGAAGAGGCCACAAGUCAAGGUAGAGGUAGAGAUCUAACGAAACAUUCAUUACCAUCACCAACCGACCACCUGAACCAACACUAAUCGCCAACUCGUCGCCUAUCCAAUCAUCCCAAUACCCCCUACAUCUACCUCUUUGUCGUGCUCUUUCACGACUUCAAACGGCCCCUCUCGUGUCGCCGGUUCCUCCAAGCGCUCCACCUAAGCUCUAGUUGCGAGGGGUCCACGGCUGUCAGCGCGGCGUGUCCUUUCUCUCCCCUUCCCCGGCCCCUUAUCAACAACACCCCGCCAAUUGCUCAAGAUGCAGAGCAUGCUAACCAAGUUCGAAUCCAAGUCGUCACGAGCAAAGGGCAUCGCCUUCCAUCCCAAGAGGCCAUGGAUUCUCGUUUCGCUGCAUUCCUCUACGAUUCAGCUAUGGGAUUACCGCAUGGGCACUCUGAUAGAUAGGUUCGAGGAGCACGAUGGACCUGUGCGGGGCGUCGACUUUCAUCGCACUCAACCACUGUUCGUAUCCGGAGGAGACGACUACAAGAUCAAGGUCUGGUCGCUCACUACACGGCGUUGUCUAUUCACCCUCAAUGGCCAUCUCGAUUACGUGCGAACUGUGUUUUUCCAUCAUGAGCUGCCUUGGAUCGUAUCUUCGUCGGACGAUCAGACCAUCCGCAUAUGGAAUUGGCAGAACAGACAACUUAUUUGCACGAUGACCGGCCACAACCACUAUACCAUGUGCGCCCAGUUCCACCCCAAGGAAGACCUCAUCGUCAGUGCUUCCCUCGACCAGAGCGUUCGUGUCUGGGAUAUCUCCGGCCUGCGGAAGAAGCACUCAGCCCCUACCUCGAUGACUUUCGAGGACCAGAUGAACCGUACGAAUGCGAACCAAGCAGACAUGUUUGGCAAUACCGAUGCCGUCGUGAAAUUUGUGCUGGAUGGACAUGAUCGCGGAGUGAAUUGGGUGUCCUUCCACCCUACGUUACCUCUGAUUAUCUCGGCUGGUGAUGAUAGGAAUGUCAAGCUUUGGCGUAUGAGUGAAACGAAGGCCUGGGAGGUUGACACGUGCCGGGGCCACUUCCAGAACGCAUCGGCUUGUCUCUUCCACCCUAACCAAGACUUGAUUCUCUCAGUUGGAGAGGACAAGACCAUCCGGGUAUGGGACCUGAACAAGAGAACCUCUGUUCAAUCGUUCAAGCGUGAGAACGACCGGUUCUGGGUCAUCGCCGCUCACCCCGAGAUCAACCUGUUCGCCGCCGGUCACGACAAUGGUGUAAUGGUGUUCAAGCUCGAGAGGGAACGACCUGCCUAUGCUCUACACCAAAAUCAGCUGUUCUUCAUCAAUAAGGAGAAGCAUGUCCGGAUGUAUGAUUUCGCCAAGAGCGCCGAGAGCUUGUCGAUGCUAUCGCUCAAGCGACUGGGUGCACCAUGGGUACCACCCAGGACUCUGUCUUACAACCCUGCCGAGCGGGCAAUCUUAGUUACGUCGCCCACCGAUGGUGGAAUCUACGAGCUCAUCCAUCUGCCCAAGGAAGCUGCGGGAGCUGUCGAGCCCACGGACACCAAGCGGGGACCCGGAAACUCGGCGGUAUUCGUUGCUCGGAACCGCUUCGCAGUCUUCACAUCGAGUAACCAGACGAUCGAGAUCAAGGACCUCUCCAACUCCACCACCAAGACGAUCAAGACCCCCACUACUAUUAACGAGAUCUACUUUGGCGGAGUCGGCUGCUUGCUUCUCUGCGCUCCCACCGCAGUCAUUCUGUACGACAUCCAACAAAAGAAGACUAUUACUGAGCUAGCGGUGGCGGGUGUCAAGUACGUCGUGUGGUCGAACGAUGGUCUGCAUGUCGCCCUGUUGUCGAAGCACAAUGUGACCAUCGUGACCAAGAACUUGGAGCAGGUAUCAUCGUUGCACGAGACGAUCAGGAUCAAGAGCGCAACCUGGGACGAUGCUGGCGUUUUGCUAUACUCUACGCUGAACCACAUUAAGUACACCCUCCUGAACGGUGAUAAUGGAAUCAUCCGCACAUUGGAGGAGACCGUGUACCUUACCCGGGUUAAGGGAAAGAGUCUUUACUGUCUCGACAGGCAGUCCAAGCCCAGGGUCUUGACGAUUGAUCCCACCGAAUACCGGUUCAAGUUGUCGCUGGUCAAGCGCAAUUACGACGAGAUGCUACAAAUCAUCAAAACCUCGAACCUUGUCGGCCAGAGCAUCAUCGCUUACCUCCAGAAGAAGGGAUACCCGGAGAUUGCUCUGCAGUUCGUCCAGGACCCGCAAACACGCUUCGAGCUGGCUAUCGAGUGCGGCAACUUGGAGGUUGCUGUGGAUAUGGCCAAGGAGAUUGACCGUCCGAAGCUGUGGAUGCGCUUGGGAACUGAAGCCCUCAACCAGGGCAACCACCAGGUUGUAGAGAUGAGCUACCAGAAACUAAGGAGUUUCGACAAGCUAUCAUUCCUUUACCUGGUCACCGGUGACUCCGAAAAGCUCAACAGGAUGGCCAAGAUUGCCGAGCACAGGAAUGAUUACACCGCCCGGCUCACCAACUCGGUUUACCUUGGUGAUGUGGAGACGCGGAUCCAGAUGUUCAAAGAGAUUGACUUGUACCCCUUGGCCUACGUAACCGCGAAGGCCCACGGUCUGACGGAAGAGUGCGAAUCCAUCUUGGAGACUUGCGGCUUGACCGAGGAGCAGAUAUCUGUGCCGCCCCUCGAAACUCCUAUCCAGGUCGCCAAGGCUAUUGUCCCCACCCACGAAGCGAACUGGCCCCUGCGGGCGGCAUCGCAGUCCUUCUUCGAGAAGGCUCUUCUCGGACAAGUCGAAUCGAUGACCCUGGAAGACGAGCCCAAGUCGAUACCUGGUGGAUUUGGAGAGGAAGAAGUGGAGGAGAAGAAGGGUGGUGACCUCAUGGACAUGGACGGCGAGGAUGAAGCUGCAGGAUGGGAUAUCGGGGAGGAUGAUCUCGACUUGCAGGAUCACUCCGACGAAUUUGUUGAUGUGGCAGCCGAUGUUGCAGGUAGCAGCGAAGCAGAACUCUGGGCUCGAAACUCUCCGAUAGCGGCGGAUCAUGUCGCUGCUGGGUCCUUUGAGACUGCUAUGCAGCUGCUCAACCGACAAGUCGGCGCUGUUGACUUUUCUCCUCUCAAGCCCCGAUUCCUCGAGAUCUACCAGGCCAGCAGGACGUAUCUGCCAGCUGCCCCAGGAUUACCGCCAUUGGUCAACUAUGUCAGGCGGACUGUGGAGGAGACGGAUCUUAAGAAGGUGUUGCCGAUCCUCCCACGCGAUCUUGAAAAUAUACGCAGCAUAGAAUUACCCAAGGGAUUCAACUCUAUGAAGGCCAACGAUCUUGAAGGCGGUGUGGAGGUUUUCCGAGGGAUUCUCCAUGCCUUGAUGUUGACCGCAGUCAAAGACCAAAAGGAGGCUGAAGAGGCACAAAAGAUCAUUCGGACAGCCACAGAAUACAUCCUUGCUAUGUCGAUGGAACUCGAGCGUCGCAAGAUUCAGGACGACGAUUCGCAAAUCAAGCGUAACCUCGAGCUCGCGGCAUACUUUACCAAACCGCUCCUUGAGCGGCCGCACCGGCAAAUAACCCUGAUGAAUGCAAUGCGCCUGGCAGCGAAGCACAAGAACUUUGUCCACGCCACGCAUUUCGCCGACCGUGUGCUUGCCAACAACAGCACUGGAAGGAAUGCAGAUCUGGCACGAAGCGUCAAGUUGAGAUGCGAGCGUCAAACCGCAAACGCCGUCGAUAUUGAAUACGACCAAUUCGCGGAGUUUGACAUCUGUGCGGCUAGCUACACACCCAUCUACGCGGGGCAACCGUUCGUGCAGGACCCGUUCACCGGCGCAAAGUACCUCCCUGAGUACAAGGGACAGGUGUGCAGGAUAUCGCAAGUGACGGAGAUCGGGGCACCAGCUAGUGGGCUGCGGUUGAAGGCGUAAGGAGGCGAUGUAAUGGGUUGGUCUUUGGGGCUUUUUCGCGCGUUUGAUCGACGAUAUGACGGCUUGGAAGAAAUGUUGAUUGACAGGGCGUGGAUGUGCUGGACCUGUCGGGGAUGAGGGAGGGGUGGGGGCUAUUUGUUAAUCUUCUGACAUUGUUUUCUUUCCUGUGAUUAUGAUUUAUGUCAGUAUUGCCUGUUUGUGUUGUGUUUGUCGGUUUAAACAAAAGAUGUGCUUCUGGUGUGGCUUUUUACCCUCCUUUUUAGAUUGAUUCGCUGUUGGUGUUAUGCUAUGAUUGCCUGGUGAGCUUGAAUGAGC